UUAUCUCGGUUGGAACCUUGGGGAAUUUGUCGACCAUGUUUUAUCUGGCACUCUCAUUAAAGACGUUUAUGCUCCGAGCGGCGAAAACCAAGGUUUCCACUUUUGGUGAAGUAACGCUUCGCUACUACCGCCGCUAUCAGGUGUACAAUAGUCUAAUGAAUUACUGUAUGUCCCACGUGAUCACACCCACCAUGAUUUUCGCCUGGACGACCAUCCUCAUCAUCGGCUGGUACACGUUGCUCCGCUACUUUGGGCGGGUAUCAUUCGCCCUCUACACGAUCCACGCCCAACUCGCCCUCAACGGGAUGAUUUGUCUCCUCACGGAAUUCAAAAGUGCCGGAGAUGCGCAUGAAGCUUCAUUAAACCUACUUUAUGAUUGGCGGUACUCGAUCGGAAAGAGCAAGAAUUUGAAAUUGUCGAUGCGAUGGUUGAAAAGCUGCGCCCCGCUGAAAGUGCGGAUCGGUGCGACCAACUAUUUCAAACGUAAUACACCCAUGCUUACAGGGAGCUUUUGUGCGGAACAGGUUAUAAAUUUGAUAAUUGCAGAGGCAAAAUAGGUAAGAUGAAAGGAGUAAUUGUGCAAGAAAUGCAAAUAUAUAAAGUUUAAGGACUUUGCGAUGAUGUUGUAAGACUUCGUAAUGAAUGAAACGGGUCCUAAUAUGUUUUAUAUUUAUCUAUGUAAAUGUGAAUGUCAUUCCGGAUUCCGGAAAUGUGAUAAUUUAUUUUUAAAUUAAGAAAUGUUUGUAAA